CACCUGCGGACUGCUCCCCUCGCGGCUCAAUUCCCGCCGGCUCUCUCCGAAACCGCGGGCAGGUGACGGUGACGGCGACGGCGACCUCCCUCCCACUCCCACCCUCUCGCCGGAGCCAGCCAGCCAGCCACCACGUCUCCGGCGAUCCGUACCUCACUGCCGCUCGCUGCAACCAGCACAACACCGCUCCUCCUCUCAUUGCGUUCGGAAUAAGGCCUGACAUUGGAGGUCUAAACCCUAGCUGACUACCGUUCCCCGGAUGGAGGCCGCGGCCUCCAGCCUCUCGUCGCUGCUCGCCACCCUCCGAGUGGUCGGCCCGUGGACGCCGCCGGCAACCUGGGAGUCCGUCACCCAGGCUGGCGGUGCCGCCCGUACCGCCAACCCUGGAGGGCGGCUCCGGGGGGAUCCGAUCUACGAGCUCGCAUCGGUUCCGGAUGCUUCUUUGGUUCGUUUGGCUUUGCAUGCACUGCAUGGUGUCAAAUCAUCAUUAGAUGAGAUUGAGGAGCUCUCUGUGCUGUUCUUCUCAUGUCCGGCUGAUAGGACUUCUCAUCGUGUUGCAAACGUGUGGUCACGUUCAUCCAGUACUACCUCUGUAGGGAAUAUUCUCAAAUCUAUACGCACUACAGGUCUUUCAGUUCUCUUCCUGUGCAAGUUUCUGCAUUUUUAUCUUUUCCAAAGUCGAGAAUUGAAUGGUCGAGGUAGAGAAGGACAUGAACAUGAAGUUUCUGAUAGCGAAGAAACUGAACAACCUGCUCCUUACAGUUUAGUGAACCAAGCAUUUGCUGCAGCAGUUGAAAAGGUUUUAGAAGGUUAUUUUUGUUCCUUGAAUACUCUACCAGCAUCAAUUAAGCUGAGGCGUUUGGAGGGACAACCUGAUAUACCUUCCAUGACCCCAGAUGGAGCUAGUUAUAAUUCUAAUUCUGAAAUCACUCUUCUGGAAGUUUAUCUCCACACUGAGGAGUUAAGAAGACAUAUUAAGUCCCUCGGAAAUAUAUGCUUUCCGAAGUUUGCAGGUCUUUCGUUGUGCCAGGAGGGUUUGACAACUGAUUCUAACUUGGGGUUUGAGAACUUCCCAUGGAGCACUGAUUUGCUUUCCUAUUUGUAUGUCCAUCUUCGUGAUGCCGAUUCCGUUCACUAUGGACUUCUAAAAUAUCUUUUUGUUCGUUCUUGUGAGCCAUAUUGUAAUUUCAUCAAGUCCUGGAUUUACCGAGCUUCUGUUGAUGAUCCUUAUGAGGAAUUUCUCAUAACUCAAGCUAAGAAUAAGCGAACUCAAGGAGGUUCUUCAGACCCAGUAGAUAAUUUCACCCUGUUGUCCUUAAAGGGAGCAAAUCAUGUAUCUGCACCAUGCUUUCUAAAAGAUGUAUGUGGUCCUCUUCUGCGCACUGGACAACAACUUCAAGUGCUCAUGAAGCUUCUAGAAUCGUGUAAUCUUUCUGACACUGGAGGAGAUGCUCAUGCAUCUCGUCACAUCAUUCAUCUGGAGGAAAUUCUCCCAUGGUUUGAUACGUCCAUCGAGUCUUCAAUGAAUUCAUUCACUUUCUCAAAAAGUAGGGUGGAAGCAGUAAUAUGUCAAAGAGAUGCUAUGUACAAGUCAAUGAUAGAGAAGCUCCAUCACUUUUUCUCAAAUGUUGAGGUAAUUCCUUUUGAUGCGGCACUGAAUGUUCUGCAUAUAAGUACAAGCCCUCUAGAUACAGCUGUUUCAGAUGUGGAGCUGUUCUAUCAUGGCACAAAUGCUCUACCAGCUUGCAAUGUGGUUGCAGAGCUUAAAGAUAAUGAUGCUUCUUCAACAUCACAAGAAUCUUCAGAUAAAGUGGAUGCAUUAGAAUCAUCGGAAUCAUCUUCAUCAUAUAGUUCUAUUGAUGAUAUUGAAGAUGAGAUUGAUACUGCUUGUGAUAAUAUGCCUAGCUCGAUGUUCUCAUCGUACCGUGCAAGUUCAGGUGAAGCAAAAUGCUCAUCUGUAACCACAAAGUUACUUUCAUAUGAAACCUGUUCUGUUUCUGAUGGGAUUAAUCCUGCUAGCCCUAUCAAUGAGAACAAGAAAAAGGACGACUUGAGUUAUGGACAUGUUCCUAUGCACUCGCAGAGUAUAGAACAUGACGUGGUCUGUGAUGCUUUGGAACUGGACAAUCAAUACAGUGAAUUUUGGCCAUUCGACAGUUUCUUGAAGAAUUCAUUCGAUAUAUCCUCUGGAAAAAUGAGUUUGGCUGAAGAGUUCUUAUAUACAGGAGAUAAAGGUGCAGAGCAAGUAUCACAUGCCAAUGUUGUUUGUCGACACUCUGAAUCAGGGUCUCCUAGACUGCCAAAUAGGGAUAACGAUGAAAAAUCUAUCAAUAUAAAGCAACCAUGGAAUACUAACAUUCCUUACAAUUUUAGCAUUAAUCCAAUAGUGAAGAAUGCGGUUUCUUGUCAUACGGAGCAUGACUUGCAUGGAAAUAGGAAGAACCAAGCACUUAUUGGCUUUAAUUUUGAGUCAGUAACUAAUCCAUGUGAAGCAUAUUGUGGGAGAAGUACUUCUUCCCUUGAUGAGUUUGAAGUCAGAUCUGCAAUGGCUGUACAGUCCAAUGCUCAGGCUUCUAAACAGUUUGAUUGUUCCAGCAAGCUUCUUCAAUCGAAGACAACAAGUCAUGCUUAUCUUACUUCCCCAGGAGACAUCUCAGCACAAACAAAUCUUCUAGAAAAUCCUUCGGGUGGGGCAUUCUGGGAGAAAUCAUUAGAGUACACUGCUAAAUCAAUGGAAAUAGCUGGAGAUACCACUUCAUCAUCUGAUAUGCCACUUGAUAUAGCUAUUGACAAGUGCAUUAUACAAGAAGUUUUGCUGCAAUAUAAAUAUGUAAGCAGCUUCACGAUGAAGUUGCUUGAGGAUGGUUUUGAUCUUUGUGGACACUUACAAGCACUGCGGCGUUACCAUUUUAUGGAACUGGCUGAUUGGGCAGAUUCUUUUAUUGUUUCUAUUUAUAAAAAGAAGUGGUCCUUUGUCAAGUCUGAGCACAAAAGAGCAGAGAUCCAAGGGCUUCUUGACUUGGCUUUGCAGAGGUCUUCAUGCGAUUCUGACCCUUAUAAGGAAAGGUUGUUUGUAUAUAUGAAUGAGCAACCAGUUGUUUCUCUUAAAGCCUCUACAUGUGGUCUUGAUGUGCUGGACGACAUCUUAUUGGGCUAUAAAGUUGAUUGGCCAGUGAACAUCGUCAUUACAGAGGAGGCACUUAAAACAUAUGCUGAAAUAUUUCGGUAUCUUGUUCAGGUUAGGCUUGCAGUGUUUUCUCUGACUGAAGUGUGGCGAUUUCUGAAGGAGUUAACACAGUUAAUCAGUCGUUCCAGCCAUAAUAGACCUGAUGUUUUAAAGGAAUUGAGUUCUGUGAUGAAACUGAGACAUCAAGUUUAUCACUUUCUAUCAACACUACAACAGUAUCUCCAUUGCCAUUUGUCUGAUAUAUCAUGGCGCCGUUUUCAACAUUCACUUCAACAUCAGGUGAGAGAUAUGCUGGAUCUCGAGUAUGUGCAUCUAUGUUAUGUUACUGAUGCGCUUCACAUAUGUUUCUUAUCUGCUGAAACAAAACCAAUUGCUGCCAUAAUUAAUAGCAUUCUACAACAAGCUUUGGAGUUGCGGUCAUGUUUUAAGAGCCUCAAUUACAUUUCUGAGUCAACAGUAAAACAACUUAAUCUGGAUUCUCUUAUAAAUUUCUCUCAGGUGGACGCUAUUAGAACGAAGUUUGAGGGUAAUAUCAAAGAUUUGUAUAUUUUGCAUUUGAAGUCUUCGAAAUAUGGGGAGAUUGGUCUUUAUCGUUUCUGGGGGUAUCUUAACUACAAUGAGUAUCAUUCCUUGAUGAUCAACAAAGAUAUGGGCUGCUUCUAUUUCUAAUGGGAAAUCGUUUUUAACCAAAGCUCAAGUAUCCCCUUUAUCUUCUGUGGCUAGCUUGCCUUUUACAACAAUUUGAUGACAGCAUGUUCUGCCUUUGAUUGUACUGCUAGUAAGAAGAGGUGCAUCCCUUUGGUCUGCUCAAUCAGUUCACAUUUUGCACCCUCGGUGACACAGGUAUGUUUGUACAAUUGUCUGUUUCUGAAUAUGCAUCACUAGAGCACGCUGCUGAGGCUUCUCGUUUCCUUUCAUUUCGGAAAGGAGGAACACACUGCUAGUCUGCUACCAUCGCAGAGCAUGAACUUACCUGAAGACAGUAGUUCCUUGUAUGAACUUUCCUGAAGUAAUAGUGAUCUUUAGAGUUUGAGCAUUGUAUGGAGUUUUCACUUGAUAGAAUAGUGGUUUUGUGGAAAAUACGAGGCUAGGAAUGAACUUCAAACAUCCAAUUAAAAGGAAAAAAAAAUUGACGUGACUGGGAAUGCAUGUUACUAUUGUAUAGCUGUAAUCUGAGACAUGGCCUGGUAAAUCAAAGCUGUGAUUGAGUAAUGUGUUGUGUUACGCAGGAGAGUUGUGACUUUC